GGGCGCGCGGGGCCACUCGGAGCCGGGCGGCGGCGACAGCGGCGACAGCCACAGCGACAGGUAUUUCCCUGCCGUGUCUCUGGACCUGGACUCUCCCUGCACCUCCAGACCUCCUCCAACGAUUGCAUGGUGGCAAGGGCUCUUUGUGUCUCAGUGGCUUCCUGUGCUGGGGGGGCCAGGCUCCAGUUCUUCCCUUUCCACCCGGGAACCAUUGGAAAAAAGUCUGUGUUCAAUGGAAAACGUGGCUUUUCUGGCACCUUGGCUGCUUAUGUGGUGACAUUUGGGAGCACAGUGCUCCAGCAGUUUGCCCAAAAAACCCCUCCAGUUCCUCAGAUUCUUGCUGUCCAAGGAGACCAUGACCACUGAUGAGGCCACCAAGAGUGAAGGGGAGGUGCAGGCAGCAGCUCUGGCUGAGCGUGGGGAGGACAUCACCCCAGCCAAGGACCGAGGGGUUCUGAAGAUCAUUAAACGACCUGGGAGUGAGGAUGAGUCUCCCAUGAUUGGGGACAAGGUUUAUGUGCACUACAAAGGGAAACUGGCCAACGGGAAAAAAUUUGACUCCAGCCGUGAUCGGAACGAGCCCUUCAUCUUCAGCCUGGGCAAGGGUCAGGUAAUCAAGGCGUGGGACAUUGGGGUGGCCACCAUGAAGAAGGGAGAGGUCUGCUACCUGCUCUGCAAACCCGAGUAUGCGUACGGCUCUGCUGGCAGUGCCCCCAAAAUCCCCUCCAAUGCCACCCUCUUUUUCGAGGUCGAGCUGCUCGACUUCAAAGGCGAGGACUUGUUUGAGGACGGAGGAAUAAUCCGGAGGAUCAAGAGGAAAGGAGAAGGUUACUCCAACCCCAAUGAAGGUGCUACCGUGGACAUUCACCUGGAGGGAUUCUGUGGCGGCCGCAGGUUCGACUGCAAGGAUGUGAAAUUCGUGGUGGGCGAAGGGGAGGACCACGACAUCCCCAUCGGCAUUGACAAGGCCCUGGAGAAGAUGCAGAGGGGAGAGCACUGCAUCCUCUACCUCAGCCCACGGUACGGCUUUGGCGAGGCAGGGAAGCCAAAAUUCGGCAUCCAGGGGAACGCGGAGCUGGUGUACGAGGUGACCCUGAAGAGCUUUGAGAAGGCCAAGGAGUCGUGGGAGAUGGACACCAAGGAGAAGCUGGAGCAGGCAGCUGUGGUCAAGGAGAAGGGCACGAUGUAUUUCAAGGAAGGCAAAUACCUGCAGGCAGUGAUUCAGUAUGGGAAGAUUGUGUCCUGGCUGGAGAUGGAGUAUGGUUUAUCUGAGAAGGAGUCGAAAGCCUCUGAGUCCUUCCUGCUGGCUGCCUUCCUCAACCUGGCCAUGUGCUACCUGAAGCUGCGAGAGUACGCCAAGGCCGUCGAGUGCUGUGACAAGGCUCUGGGGUUGGACCAGGACAACGAGAAAGGCUUGUACAGGAGGGGUGAAGCCAGGUUAUUGAUGAACGAGUUCGAGCUGGCCAAAUGUGACUUUCAAAAAGUGCUGGAAGUGAAUCCACAGAACAAAGCAGCGAAAUCCCAGAUCUCCGUGUGCCAGAAGAAAACCAAGGAGCACAACGAGCGGGACCGGAGGAUCUACGCCAACAUGUUCACAAAGUUUGCAGAGAGGGAUGCAAAGGAAGCAGCCAGCAAAACUGGUGUGGAAAAAACAGCGGAGAAGGCAGCGUGUGAAAAAGGGACAAAAACUCCUGGUGGUGAAGGUGAAGAGGCUGAAGGACACGUAUGAUGGAGGAGGAGGGGAUGGGAUAGCCUCGUGCCCUCGGCCCACACUGACAAAGGUUGCUGCCAAACCUUGGGACACGCCAGUGUUUUCUUGUAAAGCUUGUUACAGUUUGUGUGAUCGUGGAAGCAAAAAGCACCUCGCAAAGAAAAGCGACCCCAUCCCACUGCCCUGGGUGCACUGGGGGCAGAGCAGGAGUGGCAGGACACCAUGGGACCACCACAUGUGGAACAAACAGCAUUAAACAGCAGGGAAAAUGAAAAAAAAAUAUUGUAAUGAUAAAUUAAAACUCUUGGCUCCUGGGAGGUUUCCGUAGACAGCUCGCUCCAGCUCCCUAGGCUUUGUGUCCACUCCGAGCACAGGAUGCUCUGAGAGGAGCUGGGGUGUGGGACCUGCUCCCUGAACAUGGCAGUGCUGCCUCUGCUUGUCCCAGCACAGCCCCGGGGGCAGGGAUUGCCUUUGUCCCCUGCUGACUCCUCGCCUGUGGCCAAAGGGGUUGUGGGGCAGAGCCAGGAGGGGAACCCACACGGCCUCUGCUGCAGCCCCUGGGUGCAGGGACGUCAUUAAAGCACUGUUUGGGGAGGGGGGCACACACAGAUUUUACCUUCUGAAGGAGCUGGUUCCUGUUUCUUUAGAGAGCAAAAGCCUGUCUGGCUUUGCAGGUGCUCAACCCGCAGCCUGCACCCCAUCCCUUGGCUCCUGGCUUUAGAUGGGAGUUUUAUUGCUUUUUUUGGGAUAAUAAAAGAGCAGGUUGACAGGUGGUUCAGAAAGCAAGUGGCUGGGUCUGAGCUGGUGCCAUGGGUUUGUCACUGAGCAGCUUUCCCAGGGUGAGGGGGCCCCGGGUGCAUUGUGUCCCUGCCCCGGAGCUGCUGCUGCCUCCUCAGCCACCAGCCCUCUCCAUCCUAAAGGGACACUGUCACUACCCCAUGAGAACAGCUCUCCAGUUGUUAUUUUUCCUGUCUCUGUAAUGAUACUCCCUUUUGGAGCUUGAAAAUAAACAACUGAAAGAAAAAGGAAAAGAACCAAA